AUGGUGCGCGGCGCCACCAAGGGGCUGAUCAUUGACCUGGGCUUUGUUCUGGAGGGCCAAGAGGAGGAGGAGCUGCCAGAGGCACUGCUGGGAGCCUACAGGCUCUCCUAUAUGGACAUCGGCGAAGCCCAGUACCUCGACACAUCAGUCGAGUUACCGCUCCCCGAAGCCCCUCGCUCCACCACCAGCCCCUCCAAGCCCGCCGCCGCCCCCGCCGUCGCCGCGUCCCCGUUCUCGGAGCCGCGCUCGCCGGCUGCCGCGGGCGGCGCAGGCGCCGGCAUCGGACUAAACGGCGCGUCCGGCGGCGCGCAGCACCUGCGGCGGGUGCGGUCGCGGGUGGAAGGGCCGGGCGCCGAGCCGCGCACGGCCGUGCAGGAGGGCGGCGGGGGUGUGAGCGGCGGCAGCGGCAGGCAGGAAACGGAGCAGCACCAUCAGCAGCAGGACUUGGCAGGGGCGCCCAAGACCAUGACCACUCACUCUCGUAACAGGUCAAACACUUCUGUCGAGGACUUGUUGGGGCCGGCCGCGGCCGCCGCGCUGCUGGGCAAGCAGCAGCAGCAGCAGCCGCAGCAGCAGCGCCCACCCAGCGUGCCGCCGCUCGAGUGCGGGGCGCAGCGGGGCGCCCCUGCGCGCCCGACGCCGCCGGCCCAGCAGCAUGGCGUGGCCCGCGACCUCUUUGCCGGCGCAGACGCGGCCGUCGGGGGCGAGGGCGGCGCCGCGGCGCCAGACACGCAGGACGUCGCCGGGCGCAACCAGCAUGCGCCGCGUGCGGUCGCACCGAGCUCCCCGCGCGUGAUCCCCGGCCCGGGUAGCGGCAGCGGCAGCGGCAGCAGCGGCGGCGGCGGCAUCCCGGCGGGCUACCGGCACAGGCGCACGAGCAGCGACUCGGUGGCGCGCCAUGUAGCAGGCGCCGGCGCCGCCGCCGACCCUCGAGGCGGCGGCAGCGGGGACGCGCGGGGCAUUGUGUUUGGUGCGGCCGGCAGCGCCAGCGGCACCGGCAGCGGGGGCGGCGGCGGGCCGAGCGCGGCGGGGAGCACGGGUGCUCUGUCUGCGCUCGCGCGCGCGUCGGGCGACGGGGGCGGCGGCGCCGCCAUGCAGGCGGCGGCGGCGGCGGCCGGCAAGCGGCGGCUGUCGGCGGCGGACUACAUCACCCGCGCCCACGCGGUGGCGAUGGCGGCCUCAGCGCAGCGGCGCAGCAGCGCGGCCUCCUCCGGCGCGAGCGGCGAUGCCAACAGCAGCGGCGGCGCCGGCGCCGGCGCCGGCAUGCCCCGGCCGCACCACCGCGCCGCGCGCUCCCUGGCCAGUGACCAGUUUGGCGGCGCGUCGCCUGGGGCCGCCAACGGCAGCGGCGGCGGGCUGAGCGGCAGCUUUCCCCCGCCACUGAUGACGUUCGCUUCGACGCCGCUGCCUCAGGGCAAGCUCGGGGUCGAGCGCCGCGCGUCGAGCAGCCUCGCUUCGCCCCGCAACCGUUCAAACUGGAGCGCGACUAACAGCAACGGCGGCAGCGGCGGCGGCGGCGGCCAGGAGGGCUCGCCGGCCGGGGGCGGCGAUAGCGGGGGCGCCGGUCGUGGCGGGGCGACCGGCAAGGCGUGGCGGCACAAGCGGCACGUGAGCGGCAGCGUGGCAUCAUGA